AUGUUUAGUAGUACAAGUAUAGACAACAAAUUAAUUUCAAUAUGUUUAAAUAUUCAACAAUUAACGCACUCACUGACAGUAAAAUUUACUAAAUUCGAAUGUUUUGAAUUUGACAAACCGUUUGCUGAUAUACCAAAAUGUUAUUUGAAGGCAUUGGCACGGAAUAAAGUAGCUCUGAAUUUACAUGUGCGCCUGCAUCAGGUACCAGUGCCUAAUGUUUCGGUUAAUGCCGCAUAUUUUGUUAAAGGUUCCACACAAAAUUAUCGUCUAUUUCUUUAUAAUAACACAGUUAAUUUUUGUAAAUUUUUGAAAAAUCCCAAUAAUUAUCCUUUCUGGAAGAUUGUAUACUCAAUCAUUAAAACUGCUUCGAAUAUCAAUCAUACCUGUCCCUAUAACCACGAUAUAAUUGUAGAACAUCUAGUAUUAGAUAGUGACAUGUUUAAAGUUAUUCCAUUUCCAACUGGCGACUAUUUGGUGAUUUUAAAGGUAGCGGCCUACAAUCAUUACAAGGCUGAAAUUCGAACGUAUUUUAGUAUUAAGGAGUAA